AAUCCAUCUAAAAUCCCUUUGAUUUUCCAGUUUUCCAUCUCUCUCUCUCUCUCGAAAUCUUGUAAGAUGGCUCCAAAGGCGGAGAAGAAGUCUGCGGAAGAGAAGGCGGCGGCCGUCGCCGACAAGGCGCCGGCGGAGAAGAAGCCGAAGGCCGGGAAAAAGCUCCCGAAGGAGGCCGGCGCCGCUUCCGGCGAGAAGAAGAAGAAGAAGGCGAAGAAGAGCACCGAGACUUACAAGAUCUACAUCUUUAAGGUUCUGAAACAGGUACACCCUGACAUCGGGAUCUCCAGCAAGGCCAUGGGGAUCAUGAACAGCUUCAUCAAUGAUAUCUUCGAGAAGCUGGCGCAGGAGGCUUCGCGGCUCGCGCGCUACAACAAGAAGCCGACGAUCACCUCCCGGGAGAUCCAGACGGCGGUGAGGCUCGUGCUGCCCGGUGAACUGGCUAAGCACGCCGUCUCUGAGGGGACUAAGGCGGUGACCAAGUUUACAAGCUCUUGAAGGUUUGAUUGGUUUCUUUUUGGGUGUAGAAUUUUAGGGAUAUGAUAAACAACAGUAAUUUCAGUGGUAAUUUGUCUUCUUGGGGCUUAGAUUAUAGAAUCGGUUGUUGGAUUUGUGUCUGUUCUCUCUUGUUGCACAUGUAUAAUCCGAAACAUUAAUGGGAAAUCUUUCAUUGCAAAUUUCUUGA